AUGCUGGGGGCCUACGGGUCCUUGACCCUGAAACCGGUGGUGCCGUGGGGCACGGCCCCAUGGUUGGGAGAACUGCAUCGUGUCCUAUGCCCAGUGAAGAGGCACGCGCUGCAACGCAUCAAGUCGUUUCUCAAGAUCGAGACUGUGAGACGGUAUACGGAUUCGAAGGGGAAGUCCCGAAUUGCUGGAUCUUUGCAUUUGAAACAAACGCAAGCUUAUCCGGGUCAACUUGGACUCACCGCUACUUGCCACAAAGAAUCGUUGGAUGUGGGCCUAAUGCUAACUGUAGAACAACACUGCGGUUGUCUGUCUUGGUUCAGCACCCUUUUACUGCUCAAACUUGUUUGGUUGAAGUCUUUCUGA